AUGUCUCUGGUGGCGAAAAGAAAUGGAUAUGAUCUUCCACUGUUUGGUAUAGAUGAUCAUAAGUUUUAUGCUAUACACAUUCCUGCUUUAGUAUGUAUACUUCUAAGUUUGGUGUCGGUAAUUUUAGUCUUGUAUGCUUCAUUUCGUGAUCAAAGCUUUACGAAGUUUUUUUCUUGGACAAAAUGCGAACGAUUUGUUGUUUAUAUAGCAAUUUGUGAUGGAAUGUACAACGUAUGUCAUUCAAUGGAUCAUAUACAUAUAUUAACUACAAAGGACCAUGUGAAGCCCAAACAGCUAUGCGAGUUUUACGGCUUCAAUCUGAUUGUGUUCAUCACUGCUCAGAUAUUGAUGGUGAAUAUUGUGGCUAUAAAUGCAUUUGUCUUAGUAUAUUUUCGAAAGAAGUUACAUUUUGGGGAAUAUGAUUGGAAAUUAUUGUUGUGGAUGUUUGGUGUCUCAUUCAUUGCAGCAUCAAUUGCGUUGGGGAUUAGUGUGAUUGGUCCAAACGGUGCAGCGUAA